AACAUUCUACGGAAAUAUAGAGGAAACGAAAGUUGCUAAAUGAGAAGAAGCGCUCAUGGCGUUUCCACGUUCACCCGUCCCGCGCUCCACAUUUACGAUGACGCUUUCUGAUGAAAAGACGAAACUACCCCUGUCUCUCUUCUUCCACGCUCGAACUCCUCGUCUUUGCUUUCGCAGUUCGCAGAGUAAGCUUUCAAUGGCGGGUGCUGCUCUCACUUGCAACACUUUCCCACAGCUCAAAAUCCGAUACGCAUCCUCUAAGAGUUCUUUACACUUUAGCCCUCGCACUUUCCGAACUUACGAUAGGCCUCGCCGCUUGACUUCCACGCGCGUGACGAUUGAUCGCAACUCUGAUGUCCAAAUCGGUAAACGUGAGGAAAAACCUAGAGGUAGUGGUUACAGCAAUGGUAAGAUGUACAGAAGGCUUGAUUCUUGUUUGGUAAUACCUCCAACAGAAGGCAAAAAGCCCAAGGCUUUGAUUAAAUUCUUGGGCGGCGCUUUCAUCGGAGCCGUGCCCGAAGUGACGUAUAGUUACUUACUCGAGCUGUUGGCGAAAGAAGGGUACUUGAUUAUAUCUGUGCCGUACAAUGUGACUUUUGAUCAUGAACUAGUUACAAGAGAGAUAUACGAGCGGUUCCAUGCUUGUUUGGAUUUGAUCUUGAUGAAUGGAUUGCCUGAGAAUGGAAUUUCAGCUGCUGAGAUAGCUGACCUACCGUUUUUCUCGAUUGGACACAGCAAUGGCGCACUUCUUCAAGUGCUUGUGGGAAGUUAUUUCUGUGAGAAGAUUCCUAAGGCCAAUGCAAUCAUAUCAUACAACAACAGACCAGCAUCAGAAGCAGUACCAUACUUCGAGCAGUUGGGUCCUCUAGUCAAACAGAUGAUGCCAGUGAUUGAGACAUCCCCUAUGUAUUCAAUGGCUCAGAGCAUCCCAGGAGAUGGAUUGAAGACACUAAUAGACAUUGCUGAAAGAGUUCUUCCAGACUAUGAUCCAGAAGCUACUGUGUCUUUGACCAAGUUUGUUGAUCAGUUGCCCUCAGUAUUUAACCAGGUUGCACAAGGGAUUUCUGAGUUCAAGCCAACACCUGCAGAGAAUCUUGACUGUUUUAAGAAGUUGUAUAACAUUCAGCACACGUUACUGGUUAAAUUUGACUUUGACACAAUUGAUGAGACGGAUCUCCUUGAAGAGACGCUGAAGCCUCGUGUUGAAUCUUUUUGCGGAAAACUUGAGAAAGUUGUUUUACGCGGUAACCAUAUAACACCAUGCAUACAGGAACCAAGGUGGCAAGUAGGACCGGUGUACACACCUGCAGAUGCUAUUGCUCAAGGACUUAAAGCCAUUUCCCUAUAUGAAACGAGAGUCCUAUCAAGAACCAUCUGUAACUGGUUUGGCAGCCUUGAAUCAUAAUCUACUGUAAAGGUAGGGUUGAGCUUUUGUUUUCUUUACAAAUCUCCCAAUCACUUUCUGUUUAUUCUUUAUAUGAAUUAAGUGAUUGGAAACAUGUUAAUCCUCUCAAAAUAUUAGAUAAUAAGAAAGAAAAGAAAAUGACGUGCCUCAUACUUGUAACGAGAAGGGCUGCUAUCAUGUAUUAUUGUUACACUAUAUAAUCAUUCUGAUGUGGAUAUUUAAUGCCUUAUACUUCACUUU